AUGGCUUCGUCAUCACCAUCAUUAUGUCAACAAUUACAAUGUGAUGCAUUUCAAUUUACUAUUUGUCGUCAUUGUCAAUUAUUUCUUUGUAUAAAACAUUUAGCUGAACAUCAACAACAAUUUCCAACAGAUUUUCAACGUUUAUUAGAUGAUGCACGAAGACAACAAGCACAAUUAUCAACGUUUGAUACAAGAAUAUCUGAACAACGUUUAAAAUUAAAUCAAACACUUGAUAAUGAUAUAACACAAAAUAGACAAUUAAAUACAUAUUUACAAUCGAAAUCAACACAAGAUGAUAUGCGUUCAUGUUUUAAUCGUUUUCAACAAACAACUUCAUUUUUACCUGUUAUUGAUAAAAUUGGACAAUUUAUUAGUGAACAUGAUACAACAAUACAAAUGAAUAAUACACAAUUUGAUGAUGAUAGUUUAUUUGCUGCAUUUGGAGAUCAAACAUCACAUUUAUUAUUCACAUCUGAUUAUAAUUCAUCGGAUUUAAUUAAUAAAUUCUCUCGAUUUCCAACAUCGAAUAUAAAACAAGAUCAAAAUAUCAAAGACACUGAAGUUGAUGAUGAACUUCCUGAAACUGAUGUUAAUCAAACGCACAAUUCUUUAACAGUUCGAGAACUAAAAACAUAUAAAUGUGACUAUUGUCCAUUAUCAACAAAUACCUAUGGUAUCGAACCCCAUCAUCAAGUUCGUUAUAUUCCAUGUAUUCGUCGAUCAACAUCUCAAAUAUCAUUAUUUGAACAUCUUAAACAAUAUCAUUAUUUAAAUUAUGCUGCUUCAAUGCAAAUUGUACGUUUAGUAUCAUCCGGUGAUCUUGAAGAUCAUCCAACAUUAUUUUCUUCCGCAAGUCAAUCAACUAUUGUUUCAAUUCUUCCAUCAUUUUUUCGUGCACCAUGUCCACUAACACAACAUAAUGUAUUUGGUCUUGGACCAAUGCAUGGUAUACGUUUAUGUUCACCAUCAACUGAACAACAAGAUUUUGCAUUAUAUGAUCAUUUUCUUGCAUAUCAUCAAUUAAAUCGUGCAAGUGCUAUGAAAUUAGUUAAAGCUAUGAUGAAAAAUGAAAAUAGUAGUCAAAGAAUAUUAUUUCGUCCUGAUGAACAAGUUUUAAAUCAAACAGCAUAUGUAACAUGUCCAUUAAGUAAUUAUGAUGCUAUUUUACCGCAUCAAGAACGUAUACCACAUACACCCUGUCAAUCGACAGUUAAAUUACGUUAUUUAACUGGACAUUUACGUGAUGUACAUCAUUUAAAUAAAAUUGCUGCCAAACGUAUUGCAUCAGCAUUACGUCAUGAACAAGCAAAUAAUAAUGGUAGAUCCAUUGGUUUAUUUGAAAGAGAUGAAAAUAUUCUUAAAGCGAAAAAGAAAAAGAACGCAAAUCGUUUUCGACCUCCAACUCAAUUAGCAAAACAUGUUCAACAAAAUAGCAAUCAUCAGCCACAACCACCGCCACCAAUUUGGUGA